CUAAAAAUGCGAAAUGAUGAAUAUCGAGGCAAUUCCGCAACAGAGAAAAUGAUCUCUCUUCACCACAGUCACAAUCCGAAGCCAAAUCAAUGCACUUCUUUAGCGGUGCAAAGGGUAGGCGCCCCACUUCCUCUCGUUUGGUCAAUACUACGUCGUUUCGACCAGCCCCACGCCUACAAGAAGCUCGUGAAGAAGUGCACCAUCCUGGGCGGCGGAGGCGUGGGGAGCGUGAGGGAGGUGGCGCUGGUCUCCGGCAUGCCGGGGAGGAUGAGCCGAGAGCGGCUGGAUCGGCUCGAUGAGGAGAAUCACGUGAUGAUCUACACCGUGAUUGAAGGAGAUCAGCGGCUGGAGAAUUAUCAGUCCACAACCACCGUGCAUGAGGCGGAGGACGGCGGCAGCGGAGCGGUGGUUAUCGAGAGUUACGUGGUGGAUGUGCCGGAGGGAAAUACGGAGGAGGAGACCCGGAUUUUUGCCGAUACCGUUUUAGGCUGCCAUCUUCGCUAUUUGGCAUAUCUUAGUGAGAAAUUAGCUUGA